GAAAUCCUUUAUAAAAGUAAAACCGAGGAAAUAAUUUGAGAAAUAAAAUUUUUCAUUGCAUUAUAAAUAAUUCUUUGCCGCGUCUAUAAGUGUUUGUCAAAGAGAUGUCUAAUAUACUUAAAAUAAUUUGUGAAUAUAGCGGAAAUUUGUGUGACUUGCAAGUACCAUUAAAAAAAACAUCACCGGCUACGGGCUCAGCUGAACCCGGUGGUAGUAGUAGUAGUUGCGUCGGUUCGGGAAGAGAAAUAGUUAACGUUCGAAAUUCUGACGUCUUCUUGGGAGACUAUCAUUUUCUGAUAUAUAUUGAUGUCAGAUUGUUCAAAUUUCGCUCGUAUCGCCGCUUUGAUGCGAAGGAUAUUAAAAAUUUAAUGCUAUUUUAUAAUAACAAGGAGCACGUGCUUUUUUUACAAUUACCCUGUUUGCCGGCGAAUGAAGAAGAAGAAAGACGGGACAAUAGAAAAAUUCGUUCGAACGAUAAGAAAUCUUUCAAUUCGAUUGAGAGACCUUUAGAUUUGGGAAAAUUAAAACGCAUUACUGACCUUUGUCGCAUACAAUUAAGUGAUGACAAUCAAGAUUUUGUUAAAUUGGAAGCAAAAUUUGAUUACGGUUUCGCUAGUAAAUUUCAUGGCAAAAUACGCAAUUUUGAGUGUGAUUUAAAAAAUAUAUCACGCAUAAUGGAGCCCUCGAAAGCCUCGCCUUUACAACGUAGCAUUGAUCGCAAUAUUCACGAAAUGCGCGAUUUUUCGCGUGAGCAGUAUAAGUUGAAUUUUGUCGAGCUGCAAGUACCCGAUGGACAUGAUAAUCCUGCAUUAUUUAAUAUAAACUUUAAAGAUACCACAUUGACUGCUGAUGAAGAAAGUUUAUUGCAUAAUCUAACUUGUAAACCGGAAAUGAUGAAAAUGCCAAAAGAUUUUGAUCAAGUGGAAGUAGAUUGUGGCUUGAUCAGUAUACUCUUAGCUAUUUGUUAUGAUAUAAGAUCCACUACCAAUGAAGCGAAUUGUGAAUCGGGAUGGACACGCAGUAUUUUAACACCUACACUUUAUUAUUUUGAACCAUUUUAUCGCUUACGUGAUGUGGUAAUCAGUUUCUAUAGACGAUCACUUAUCUAUCCAUUGUAUCGUAAUUAUGAAUUCUCACGUCACUGCGUUGAAGAUUGCAUUCAAGCAUUGCAAAUGCAUUCCGAAUGGUUGGUCAAACAAUUGCUAAUUACUCAUGAAUUAUUCAAUGGCAGCGAAAGAGCAGUCUUUAACUAUUAUUAUCUAGACGAUUAUAUUCGUUAUAUAACAAACGUGACCGUAUGCCCGGCAACGCAUCUGCAAACGUUGGCGUACAAUUUAAAGAAUGUUCUUUUGGAUAUCUUUAAAAAGCAUUUAGGUUUAGGUUUAACUGAUCUGGAAAGCGAACUCCUUAGAGAACUAAUAACCGAUAUACAUAUAGCGUCAUCGAACAGCGAAGACGAAUCUGAGGAUCAGGAAGAUGGCGAAGGUGAGGCCGAUGAUGCUGGCACCGAAUCGUGUGAAUCGGAAUUUUGCAACUCAAAUGAAAGCAGCGAUACGGAAGAGAAUAGCGUUAUCGAAAAACAAAUGAAUGAAUUAAAAUUGUAAACUGGCAACAAACAAAUAUUACUCGUAAUUAUGAGUCAGUCGUGUGAAUAAUUUCAAAAUUUGUAUAAAUAAAUGCACAGAAUAUUUUGAUGAUCAUGAGAGAUGAUUUAAUUUCAAUUAAUAAGAAACUGAGGA